CACAAGAGUAGGAAAAUGUAUAUAUGUAUUUAUUAUUUUUAGAAAUUACGCUCUUUACGCAGUAAUGGAUAACGUAUGGCUACGAACGGGUUUGUUUAAAUUUGGUUACUCUAAGCUAUUAGUCCUAGAUGGGGUGAACGAUAUAUCGUGGGGUGAAAAUGGAAGUAACACUUCAAAAUUUAACAAAUUGCAACCGCGAAGUAUAGGUAUUGCUGUAUUUUUCUAGAACCUCCUAAUUUAUGCAUAUGACAUAAAUCGUGGAACUAAUUACAUAUAGGUUUAGAAACGAUAUUUUUGAAAUGUAAUGAAACUAUUUAUAGGACCAAGAAAUAUUUAUUCAGAUUGUACUUCUGAUACGUCGCUUUGCCGCUAAAAUUUAAAGUCUCGAGUUCAAUAUAUCACUAUAAAAUCAGUGUUUAAAAUUUUUAAUGCUACGGAAGUUCAAAAAGUCAAGUUAUUGGGCGAGUACCAGGGUCUUGCUGAUGUCUCGAUGUCUCAGUAAGUCGCCUUUUCCGGGGCACAGCGAGAGCCUUUAGGGCAGGGUUAUCGGCGGCGCACUGCGCAUGUGCGGCACUGGCGCCCUAAAGUCUCGCGAGGCCCUACUAACACCCGUGCGGAGCCCGACCGGUGUCAGUUCACUCGUGGACAACCAGCCAAACGAACGUCCCUAAACAAUACGCGAUUUAACCUAAUAAUGUACGCACUUCGAGCUCACCCAGCACGGAUUACAUAGAGGAGGUAAAUAAUUAAAUAUUCGAGAUGAAACGCGAAGCGCAUGGAGACGAUGGCCCCAUACAAAAGCGUCACCGGCAUACUGAAGAGGAGCUCACCUUCCUUAUACCGAGUAAGGUGGCGGGCUCAAUUAUUGGGAAAGGGGGAUCGAAUAUUUCAAAGCUGAGAAGUCAGUUUAAAGCCUCUAUAACAGUCCCCGAUUGCCUCGGCCCCGAACGUGUACUCACAAUCACUGCUGGGGAUUUGGAUACGAUUAUGGAUAUCGUGAGAGAGAUCUUGCCAAAUUUAGCUGAUGCGACAAAGGCUGGCAGUGAUGACUUGGAUGUCCGUCUACUGAUACACCAGAGCAGAGCUGGCUGCGUCAUUGGCAAAGCUGGUACCAAGAUCAAGGAACUUAGAGAGAAAACCGGCGCCCGCCUGAAGAUAUUCUCGAACCCGGCGCCGCAGAGCACGGAGCGCGUGGUGCAGCUCGUCGGCCGCAAGGAGGCGAUCGCGGCCGGCAUUCGGGAGGUGCUCGAGCUUGUGCAGCAGGUGCCCGUAAGGGGACCCGUGCAGAACUAUGACCCGCACAACUACGAUGAUUUCUACGCUGAGGAAUACGGCGGGUUCGGAAACGGGCAAGAAAGCAGAGGCCCCAGGGGGGGGCCUCCCAGCCGGGGGCCCAGGCCUCCCGUAGGGCCCGGGAACAGGGGGCCUCCUCCACGCGGAGGGCCCCCGAUGUCCAGAAACGGGCCUCCCCCACGACCGUUCAACGACUUCAACUCGUCAGGUCCCAGAGGGAACUUUGGACCUCCAAGAGGAGGGUUCAGUAGCAGCAGUAGCAGUAGUAGUGCGUUUGGAGGCAACAGGAGCGGCGGCGGUGGGGGGAGUAGCUUCAACAGCAGUAACAGUAGCCAGCAAGAGACGACCACACAAGUCACUAUACCGAAAGAUCUAGCGGGCGCGAUAAUCGGCAAAGCGGGGUCCCGGAUCCGAAAGAUACGCGCCGAGAGUGGUGCGUCGAUAGAGAUCGCGGAACCUUUAGCCGGGGCCAGUGAUAGAGUGAUCACUAUCACGGGCACACCACACCGCAUACAGAUGGCGCAGUAUCUGCUGCAACAGAGUGUACACGAAAGCAACCCGUCUCUCGGCCGCGGCGGAAACUUUUGAUUGGUAUUAACAUGAAAUGGUUACCUACAUUAAGAUAUUUUGGUAACAAGGAGGCUCAUUUUGUACCUAUUCUGAUUACAUUAUACAUAGAUCAUAUUUGUAUGAAAUCUAAUCAAUUGCUACGGGUUGUAAUAUUCUUGUGAAAUUUUUAUGAGAUGUGCAUUUAUCAUUAUUAAUACAAAGUUUAUUAAGAUUAAUCAAUAGCAAUGGUUCGAUUCAGCGAUGGUUUGUCACAUCGAUCUAUUUUUAAGUGAUAGAGUAUAGCAAUGAAAUAAAUAGUAUAUUUUGUGA